AUGUUUUAAUAAUACAAACUAAUUAUUUUUUCAUUAAUCAUUUAAUCUGUAUUUGCAGUUUAAAACGAUACUAAAACUAUUUUGGUAGAAUUUGAUGCUAAUAACUUUGGAAAUACUAUUCUCUCAACUGUCCGAAUGUUUUUACAAUCAAAAGGAAAUGCUGAAGAAAUCUUAGUAUUACUUAAUCAAGUCUUAGCUGGAUUAGUUGAUGAUUAAAUAAACAUGACAAUAUUUUAAAGUUGGCAGAUGAGCAUGCACUCUUAUUAUUACAGAUUUAGAAAAUUCUAUUGCGUAUCACACAGCUUAAGUAGCAGCCAAUGCUUAAAUGAGAGAAGAUAAUGAAAAGGCAUUGGCUGAAAUUGAAACUGAAACUGAUGUCAGAUAAACUAUAUAAGUAAUAAUUAUAUAAAAUCAUAUAAAAUUUAGAUAUAUAAUUUUAGUUAUAUUAAACAUUUUAUAAUAAGUAUAAUCAAAUCAAUUGUAAUAUAAUAAAAAGGAUAUUGAAAGUAAUGAAAGAAUAUUUGCUUAAGAGGAAACCAACAGAAAUAAGGCACAUAAGACUUGGGUUAAAAAGAAUGGUGAAUAUGACGUUAAUGAAACUACUAAUUAAUUAGUUUAAUAUCUUUCUUUGGAUGCAAAAUUUGCUGAACUUAAACCAAAAUUUGAAGCUUUAUAAAUGAGAUUAAUUUAUGGUGCUCUAUUUUAACCUAUUGUUACUGCCUAAAAUGGAUUAGCCACAAAAGUUGAUCAAAAAGCAAUCUAAAGAAUUAUUUAAUUACUUUCAUAAUUUAGAUACAAAUAAUAGGAGUUGGAUCUAUAUUGGAAGUAAUGGUAUGUCAUAAAUUUAGGAUACUGAAAAUAGAUAAGGUAAAGAUUGGUUGAAUUUUCAACUUAUUUGACUCAUGAACUAAAUAGAUUGGUUGAUAGAAAGAAUCAAUUAGAAUAAGCAAUUUCAAACAUUCAAGUCUAAUAUUGAUAUUGCCUCAUUUCUAUGAAGUUCAUACAGUAAAUAAAUAUAAAAUAUUUAGUUGGAAUUAGAAUAAACUCAAUAAACAUUAGAUGCUGAACAUGAAUGGUGUGAUCUUUUAGAAAAUACUUAUUAUGCUUAAUCUUCUGAGAGAACAAGAUAAUUAGGGAUAGUAGAAAGAAUAUUAGAACAAUUUGUCUUAGAAAUUAACAGCAAUAUAUUAAUACUUUGA